ACUAUUAGUCCAAAUGGCAUGGUAAAAAGGCCCACUCAAAGUCCAUAGCACCGAAAGGGGCAAAUCAGACAUUUGGCUUGAACUCUGCAAAACCCUAGCGUGCUAUAACUCUCAUUUCUUCUCCAGUUCUGUCUCUCUCCCUCUCUCACCCUACUACCAUUGCAGGACGCAGGCAGUGAAAUUUAUCAGCACCAAUGCCGCCUAAGUUUGACCCAAGUCAGGUGGUGGACGUCUACGUCCGAGUCACCGGCGGCGAGGUCGGGGCGGCGAGUUCACUGGCUCCGAAGAUCGGACCGCUCGGUCUCUCUCCCAAGAAGAUCGGAGAAGACAUCGCCAAGGAGACGGCCAAGGACUGGAAGGGUCUCCGGGUCACCGUCAAGCUCACCGUCCAGAACCGCCAGGCCAAGGUAUCCGUCGUCCCAUCCGCCGCCGCUCUCGUUAUCAAAGCCCUUAAAGAGCCUGAGCGCGACCGCAAGAAGACCAAGAACAUCAAGCACUCCGGUAACAUCGCCCUUGACGAUGUCAUCGAGAUCGCUAGAGUCAUGCGCCCGCGAUCCAUGGCCAAGGACCUCUCCGGCACCGUGAAGGAGAUUCUCGGCACGUGCGUCUCCGUAGGCUGUACUGUCGACGGGAAGGAUCCAAAAGAUUUGCAGCAGGAGAUUACCGAGGGCGAUGUCGAGGUUCCACUAGAUUGAUUGCCAAGUGAGGAAGUUUAUUUUUUUCUUUAUUUUUUUUUUUAAUUUUGAUUUGGAUGUUUGUUUUUGGAGUUUCCAGAUUUUUGGGGCUUUCUUAAGAUAUAUUUUAUGUUUUGAGGAAAUGACAAAACUUGGGGAGAUGCGGCCAACAUUUCCGACCCAAAUGAUAUUUACAUUUGCUCGUAAAUUUUGGAUAAAUGUAUGAGUUAAUAGUUUUGGAUUCGAUAA